UGAUCGAUAAAGCAGUGGCACGAACUGAUGACGAUUUCGAUGAUUACGACUCCCGCCGCUGCUGUCAUUUAUUUGUAAAAACAUCAAUAAAAGGUUGCAGCAAAGUUUUUGAAAUAUAAAUAGUUUAAAUUCAAUAAAAAUGUCAAAACAAUAUGGUUUGAUUGAUCCAAAGGCCAAUAAAGCCGCCGUACUAAAGACCGGAAUCGCAAAGCAUGCAGCUUUUGAGAGCGAUUCGGACUCCGAUGCUGGUGAUCCCAAAAAGUCCAUGAAUUUGGAGCUUGGUGAGAGCCAAAAGCGGCAAGUAAGGACUGCCCAGGCAAAAGCGCUGGCGGAAGAUCCAACCAUCUAUCAGUACGAUGAACUGUACGACGAAAUGGAUAACCGGCGGAAGGAAUCAAAAACCAGCAAGUCGCAGGCAGAAAGGAAACCAAAAUACAUUGGAAAGCUGCUGGAGACGGCUGACAAGCGGAAGAAGGAACAGGAAAGGCGCAUCGAGCGACAGGUUCAGAAGGAGCGUGAAGCCGAGGGGGAAAUGUACAAAGAUAAGGAAUCGUUUGUAACUUCGGCCUACAGGGCGAAGUUGGAAGAGAUGAAGGAUGCUGAAGAAAAGGAGAAGCGUGAAGAAUAUUUGGAGAGCAUUGGAGAUGUAACAAAGCAGAGUGACUUGGGAGGUUUCUACAGACAUAUUUAUUCGCAGAAAAUGGGAGAAACUGUUGAACCGAAAAAGGAUAAGAGUGAAGAGAAGGAAGAGGGACAUUCCAGUGCAUUAGGAGAUGAACCCAAACAUGUCACGGAUAAACAAUUGUCCGAGAGUGAAUCGGAGGAGGAGAAAACCGCUAAAUUAGAAGCAAUGAAAAGUAAAGAUUUACAGUCAAAAGCCCGAAGGUACCGCAAACGGAAUUCUGACGAUGAGGAGAAUGAUGAUAAGGAAGAAAAGAAUGAUUCUUCGAAGAAAGUUCAUCUUCAGUCAAAUUUGGACGCCGAUUCCGACUUUAGCAUAGAUUCGAACAGCAGUAGCAGCGACAGUGAAAGCAACAGCGAUGAUGGCGAGCGGGAGAAAAAUGAUAACAAAAAGCGAAAAAAUAAGCAAAUUCCAUCCGAAAUGUUGAUGGAAAAGAAACCUAAAACAGAGGACGAUGAAAUGCCUUCCAAUGGAGUAGAUAACGAUACAAAAUCCGCUAACGAGAAUAAGGAAGAAGUGUCCAAAGUCGUGACAGAACAAAGCGUAAAAGAAGUAAAGAAACCUAAGGAACCUAAAAUAGAUAUAUGGAAGAAGCGAACGAUUGGUCCCGUGUUAGACGCAGCGUUGCAGAGAUAUUAUGAACGGAAGGCAGCGAGGGAAUCGGGUUGAUUAUGAUUUGAGUCGAAUUCAGUCGUAUAAACUGAAGAUUUUAUUCCCAUGAUUUACUUAUUAAAGAACAUCUUGUUCACAUCACCACAAA